ACCUCAUGCCCGUCUGACUUUGGGACAGGAAUCGUAAUAUCCCAGGACCCCUACUGACCCUUCACUUCAGGUGUCUUUGGAGUCUGGCAAGUGGCCAGAGUGGGCAGGACCAUUCCUUCAUGAGGCCCCAACACAACUUUAAACAAAACCUCUCUUCUCUGUGUCCGAAUGAGGGGACUGGCAGGAGCUGGGGGAGGAGCACCAGCAGGGCAGUGCAGAGCCCUCAGUGACGGGAAGGGCCCACGGAGAAGUUGCCAUCUCCAGCGUGAGCAAAGGCAGCCCCCAAGCCAGGAUACCAGACGGUCACUCUGUGCACGAGGGAAUAAAUCACAAGAUAGUGGGAUUGCAGAGAUGGAGGAGCUUCCAGUCCCACACAACAUCAAAAUAAGUAACAUCACGUGUGAUUCCUUCAAGAUUUCUUGGGACAUGGAUUCUAAAUCCAAGGAUCGCAUUACUCAUUACUUCAUCGAUCUCAACAAGAAAGAAAACAAGAAUUCCAACAAAUUCAAACACAAGGAUGUACCCACGAAGCUGGUGGCCAAAGCUGUUCCUCUGCCCAUGACCGUGCGCGGGCACUGGUUUCUGAGCCCCAGGACAGAGUACACGGUAGCAGUGCAGACGGCCUCCAAGCAGGUCGAUGGCGAUUACGUCGUUUCGGAGUGGAGUGAAAUCAUCGAGUUCUGCACCGCAGAUUAUUCAAAAGUUCACCUAACACAGCUAUUGGAAAAAGCUGAAGUGAUUGCAGGCCGUAUGCUCAAACUGUCUGUUUUUUAUCGGAAUCAGCACAAAGAAUACUUUGAUUAUAUCAGAGAGCAUCAUGGGAAUGCUAUGCAGCCCUCUGUUAAGGAUAACAGUGGCAGCCAUGGCUCUCCAAUCAGUGGGAAGCUGGAAGGCAUCUUCUUUAGCUGCAACACUGAGUUUAACACUGGGAAGCCACCCCAAGAUUCACCCUAUGGAAGAUACAGGUAUGAGAUUGCAGCUGAAAAACUCUUCAACCCAAAUACUAACUUGUACUUUGGAGACUUCUACUGCAUGUACACAGCCUACCACUACGUCAUCCUCGUGAUCGCCCCCGUGGGGUCACCAGGAGACGAGUUCUGUAAGCAGCGCCUUCCUCAGCUAAAUAUAAAAGAUAACAAAUUUCUGACCUGUGAUGAAGAAGACGGGGUCAUGGUUUACCAUCAUGCCCAGGAUGUUAUUUUGGAAGUAAUUUACACUGAUCCUGUGGAUCUCUCCCUUGGCACAGUUGCAGAAAUUACUGGUCACCAACUAAUGAGCUUGUCUACUGCAAAUGCAAAGAAAGAUCCCAGCUGCAAGACCUGCAAUAUCAGUGUUGGACGCUAAAACUUCCCUCCUUCCUUAGGAGCCUUCAAACCUCUGUUGCCCAUUUCCAUAGAGGGUUCUGUCGGAAGCAUGCACAUGCCGCUGUCACCAAAAGCAACCACCAGUCUUCAAAAUCUCCAAUAGCCUUCUUAGUACUUCUUCUCUCCCUCUCUCCCUUCUGUUCCCCCAAUGCUUUAAAUGAUUAGAAAUCCUGGAUUUCUUUCUGGCAACCAUUUAUACCUAGAUGCUGCAAAAAUUGUUUUCUGUUUCUUGCCAAACAUAACAAAAUCCUAUAUAAACUGCUUUAGCAAAAUAAAAAUAACGGCUUAUAAAUGGUGUUUAAAUAUGCAUUCAUUUUAACUACUGAACAAGUACUGGGAUAACUGAAGAGCAUGAAAGGUUGUAAUUGCAGCAUGAUUUGAAUUUCAGAGCCUAGAAAUGUCAGCACUUCCAACGUGUUGUUUGACAGUGUUAUUUAUGUUAUUUAUAUUAGCUAACUGAAAACAGAAACUGUGUCUUGACAUAAUAAAUAUAAUAGAAAAAUAUUUUAUUUGUAUCAUUGUAUAAAAUAUUAUACAAUCAUAUAGAAUAUAUAGAUUACAUUUUAAUAUCAAUUGUAUACAUAUGUCAUUAAAUCAUUUUCCCUUAUCAAAGAUGUAGUUUGUAAACUUCAAAUAGCUCUGUAUCUGUUCCUGUUGCUCUAGAUGACUUUAAUUAAAACAGAUUUAUGAAGACCA